AUGUCAGAAGUAAAUGUAACAAAAGUUAUUGUAAAUAAUCCUAUAUGUGAUAUAUUAGACCCAUUUGUUUUUACUAUUGAAUUUGAAGCUUUGAAUAAAUUAGAAGCUGAUUUAGAAUGGAAAAUUUUCUACAUUUCGGCUGUAAAUAAUGAAGGAGAAAGUAAUCAAGAUAUUGAAUUAGAUAACAUUUUCCUAGGACCAAUUGAGAGAGGAGUUAUGAUGUUUGAUUAUGCUGUAAAUCCCCCUGACUAUAAAAAUAUGGAUAUUGAUAGCGUUUUAGGACUUCAAGCUAUUUUGAUAUCGGCAAAUUACAAAGAAAAGGAAUUCAUUAGAAUUGCAUAUUACAUGAAUUCAUUUUACAAAGAUAUGGAAUUAAGAGAGAAUCCUCCUGUAGUUCCACAAUAUGAUAAAAUAUGUCGUCAUAUAUUUGUUGAAAACCCUAGAAUUGUAAAAUUUAGCAUAGGUUGGGAUUCUGAAGAAAAAGAUGAAUUUAAAGAAUUUGAUAAAGAAAUUGAAAAAAUUGAAUUACUUAAUUGUACACAAAUUAAAGAUGAGAAUGAAAAUAAUUCAAAUAUAACUAAUCAAUCUACACAAGGAAAUUUUGUGCUUUCGAAUAAUGAUCCUAAUAAUAACAAUAAUAAUAAUAACAAUCCUAGUAUUACAUCAAGUAUGAUUUUUAAUAGUAAUAUUGUAAAUAAUAAUUUCAAUCAAAAUAAUUUCUUAAAAAAUAAUGAAUUGUCAUCUGAUUUAGACAAAUGUGAAAUUUUUAAUGCAAAUAUAAAUGGAAUUAGUAGAAUUACAAUUGACAAUAAAAACUCUUAA